GCCUCACCGGACGCCAACGGCAGCGGUGGCGGAUCCAAUGCCAACUCCCUCACAGACAUCCAGCGUCACCAAAUCAAGCACAGGGAACUCUUCCUCUCUCACCAGGUCGAGUGCCUGCCGGCUACUCAUAUUCGAGGUGAGGCGUGGUAUUUGUGUCUACUAGAGGUUGACCUCUCCUUUUGUGUUCUAGGCCUGGUUGGCAAGUGCUCUGUGACUCUGUACAAUGAAGUGGAACCGCUCACCUCCUAUGUACAACGUGAGGAUGCCUUCUAUUACCGCCUCAUCUACGAUCCCUCGACUAAGCGGCUUCAGGAGGAUCGUGGUUCCAUGCGCAUUGGCUCUGAUUUCCAGUCUGAAAUCCAGCCACUUCUCAAAAAGGGUAGGCCUCUCUCCCUCCCGUCCCCCUAUCCUCCCACCUAG